UAGGGUUUUUUUAACUUUCACACAAAGCCCACCACCGUCUAUUCUAUAGUUUUUUUUUUUUUGUUUCCUCUCUCUCAUCCCCCAUUCCCUUUCUCUCUCUAGACACAUCCAGGUCUUCUUGUUCGUUUUGGACCUGGUACAUGCCCACUUUUUAGUUUAUACUUCGUCUUCCCAAUUUUAUAACCUGUUCCAUUAUAUAUUUUAUAAACAAAUAUCCUCAACAAUGGCAUAAAGGUGAUCUUCACCCCCCAACAGCUAAAGAAUCUAGUUCGAAACAAUGCAAGUGCUUCCUUGUAGUAGUAAUAGCAUGCAUUAUGGCGGCGAAUCUAACAGCCCUAAUCAGGGUCCCGAAAAGCCUUUUGUGUACAACGAAGAGACCAAUAACGUGAAACCCGAAAUAGUUCAAGGUGGAGAUACCAAAUUAGACGAUGCUGAAACAUCCGAUGACGAACAGUUUGGCGAACAUGAUGAUGGUCAUCCCAACAAUGAGCCGUGUCAUGAACUUGACGUGUCAAAUAACACUCGUGAUUCCGGAGUUGAUAGCUUAGACGUUGAUACAGUUGGACGAGAAUACGAGUCGUCUCGUUCAGAACCCGAGUGGCUUGAGCAAGAUCAACCCAUGGCCGUUUGGGUCAAGUGGAGAGGGAAGUGGCAAGCGGGUAUACGAUGCUCGCGAUCUGAUUGGCCGUUAUCAACUGUGCGAGCAAAGCCAACACAUGAUAGGAAACAAUAUCUUGUAAUAUUUUUUCCAAGAAAAAGAAAUUAUUCAUGGGCAGACGUGCUGCUUCUUCGCCCGAUCAAUGAAUAUCCGGAGCCGAUUGCAUAUAGGUCACAUAAUGUUGCGGUGAAGGUGGUCAAAGAUUUGACAGUUGCGCGUCGAUAUAUUAUGCAAAAGAUUGCUGUUAGCCUGAUAAAUACCAUCGAACAGUUAACUAGUGAGGCUCUUACUGAUGAUGCUCGCAGCGUGUUAGUGUGGAAGGAAUUUGCAUUAGAAGCUUCCAGAUGUAAGGAUUAUUCCGAUCUCGGGAAUAUGCUUCUCAAACUUGAAAAGAUGAUAUUGCAGCGUUUCUUAGAAUCUUCCUGGCUGGAACAUUCUCUUGAAACAUGGGUGCAACGAUGUCAAACCGCUCAUAGUGCUGAAUCUAUCGAAAUGCUGAAGGAGGAGUUAGGCGACGCAAUUAAAUGGAACGAAGUACAUGCCCUUUCAAAUUCAAUAACGAAUACCGAGGUUGGUUCCGAGUGGAAAACCGUGAAACCCGAGGUUAUGAAAUGUUUUUCAAUGUCAAAUCCUUCAUUUAACAACGAAAACACCGAACAACAAAUUAAUGACGGUUUUCCAAACGCGGGUCUGCAAGUUAGCAGAAAAAGGGCCAAGCUUGAAGUUCGACGUGCUGAGGUGGCCGCUCCACUGCUGGAAACCGGGCUGAGAUCUAUUAACGGGCCUAUUGGGUCUCCGAGUGGUGAAGUUUCUCUAUUGGGAACAACGGAAACCGAUAGAUGGGGGGCGAUUGUAGUUGAAGAUGGAAAUAAUAAUAAUAAUAAUAAUGAUAAUCAAGAGACCCGUUUUAAAAAUUUGGAAACGACCCCAAUAAAUAAGACUAAACGGUGUACGGCUUUUAUUGAAGCAAAAGGAAGACAGUGUGUUAGAUGGGCUAACGAUGGUGAUGUUUAUUGUUGUGUACAUUUAUCAUCUCGGUUUUCGUCCAAUUUGGUAAAUACAGAGCUCAGCCUGCCACCAGGCCCAUCAACAGGCCAUACAACAGGCCCACCAACUGAUGCACAAUUAUGUGACGGGAUUACCGUUCUUGGUACUAAAUGCAAACAUCGGGCUCUCCCCGGUUCUUCGUCCUGUAAAAAGCACAGAUCUAAUAAGGAUACAGCGGUAAUUUUACCGUCUCCACCCGAAAACAAACUCAAACGAAAGCUAGAGGAUGAAUACCGAGAGGUUCCGGAGGCUAGUAGUUGCCGAGAAAUUGUACUAGCGGGUCAUUUCGAAACUCCGGUGGGUGCGUCUGAGACUGAACUGACGGGAACCGAGUACAAUGGCGGUGGGCUUAUGCGCUGUGUAGGUGACGGUGUCGGUUGCAACGAAACUCCCACAAAGCAUACUUUGUACUGUGAUAAACACUUGCCAAAUUGGCUGAAACGGGCCAGAAACGGAAAGAGUAGGAUUGUUUCGAAAGACGUGUUUAUUGAUCUUCUUAAAAGUUGUCAAUCGCAUGAGCAAAAACUACAUCUACAUCAAGCAUGCGAGCUGUUUUACAAGUUUUUCAAAAGUGUUUUAUCACUAAGAAGCCCGGUUCCGAAAGAAAUUCAACUCCAAUGGGUGAUUUCCGAAGCUUCAAAAGACGUAAAAACUCGACAUUUUUUAAUGAAGCUGGUUUGUAGUGAAAAGGAAAGGUUAAUUAGACUUUGGGGGUUUGACGGAGAUAACAUUGCGAGAUAUGAAGAACCAAUCCGUGCGGUGAUGCCUGAUAAUACCGAUAAAGACGGUGAAAAUAAUAUCAUAAAAUGUAACAUAUGUUUGGUCGAGUUUGUUGACGAUCAAAUGCUUGCUAAACAUUGGGUCGAUAAUCAUAAAUCCGAAGCGCAGUCCGUGUUUAAACGGUACGUUUGCGCCAUCUGUCUCGACUCUUUUACAAAAAAUAACCUUCUAGAAACACAUGUUCAAGAACGGCAUGAUGUCGCGUUUGUCGAACAAUGCAUGCUCUACCAAUGUAUUCCGUGCGGUAACCGUUUCGGGAGUCCCGACCAAUUAUGGGCCCACGUGGUCUCACAACAUCCGGCCAAUUUCAAGCAGCUGCAGAACAUGAACAUCGCUCCGGUUCCGGUUCCGCCACAUGGCGCUAAUAAUAACAAUUCUAUUCAAGUACAGAAUGUGAAUAAUUCUAGUCAUGUUGGAUUACAAAGGUACAUAUGCCGGUUGUGUGGGUUGCGAUUCGACUUGCUACCGGAUCUUGGUCGACACCAUCAAGCGGCUCACAUGGGUUUGACCCCAGGUGGUCCACGUAAGCGUGGUGCAGGCUCCACUUUCUUAUCCAACAAGCUUAAACCCGGGAGACGAUUCAAAAAGGGUCUCGGGAUGCGAAAUAGGGUUCUCGGAGCCAUAAAGAAACAUAAUCAAGAACCGUUCCGACAAGUAACGGAAGCGGAACUUCAAUCAUCCGAAUCAAUCACUCUAGGUAGAUUAGCGGAGUCCGAGUGUUCCGAAGUUGCAAAAUUAUUAUACUCCAAAAUCAACAAAACAAAACCGUACCCCGGUAACCUCGAGCUUCUAGCAAUGGCCCGUUCCACAUGCUGCAAAACGAGUUUCCAAACAUCAUUAGUGAAAAAAUAUGGAAACGUGCCCGAACGUUUGUACCUCAAAGCGGCAAAACUUUGCAGUGAACGUAAUGUUGUAAUCGAGUGGCAUCAAGAGGGGUAUGUCUGCGUAAAAGGAUGUAAAUCGGUCACCGAUGAUUCACAACAUCUGUCUCCUUUAAAGAAUCUUCUGGAAAGUUCUGUGAAGCCCGAGGCUGAAACAAGUCAACCGUCCGAUUGGCCUAUGGACGAGUGCCAUCAUAUCGUUAACUUUAAUAAUUCCCGACUCGAAUCCAGCGAAAAAUCAGGAAUUGUUUUGUGUGAUGACAUCAGCUUCGGAAAGGAAUCGGUUCCGGUUGCAUGUGUAGUGGAUGAACAUCUGUUAGGAUCGCUACAUAACGAUGACACACAGAGUAACGCGUGUUUUUUGCCUUGGGAAAGCUUCACGUAUGUCACAAAGUCGUCACUUGAUAAGUCUAUUAAUCUCGGAUCGCAGAGUUUACAGUUGGGUUGCGGUUGUGCACAUUCAACAUGCUCUCCAAAGGGGUGCGAUCAUGUGUAUCUUUUUGAUAAUGAUUAUGAAGACGCGAAGGAUAUAAAUGGGAAAUCCAUGAAAGGAAGGUUUCCUUAUGAUAAUAAAGGCCGGAUUAUUCUCGAGGAGGGCUACCUAGUAUACGAAUGCAACAUGUAUUGCAGCUGCAAUAAAUACUGUCCGAAUAGGGUUUUGCAAAACGGGGUUCGGGUGAAGUUGGAGGUCUUCAAAACCGAGGGCAAGGGUUGGGCUGUGAGAGCCGGGGAACCAAUCGAGCGUGGCACAUUUGUUUGUGAGUAUAUCGGCGAGGUUAUAGAUAAGAACGAAGCAAACAAAAGGCGCGCUAGGCUUGGUAGAGAAGAUUGCAGCUAUAUCUAUGAGAUUGACGCGCGUGUUAAUGACAUGAUUAGACUAAUUGAGGGAGAGGCUACAUAUGCUAUUGACGCCACAAAGUACGGAAAUGUCUCCCGUUACAUUAAUCACAGCUGCUCUCCAAAUCUUGAGAAUCAUCAAGUUCUUAUCGAAAGUUUGGACUCUGAGCUGUCACACAUUGGUCUGUAUGCGAGUCGAGAUAUUCCAGCAGGCGAAGAAUUGAGCUUCGAUUACAUGUACAAGGCGCCACCUGGCGAAGGGCGGCAAUGCAGAUGUGGUACUGUCAAUUGCAGGGGCGAAGUGCAGUGAUUUCCAGAAGCUAGAUUGCGCAAUGUCAGAUUUAGUUUGUUUUGCUUUGCUUUUAAUGAAUUGUAAUUCUGGUAGAAUUUUACAUGUUUCGUUCUUGAAGUUUGAGGAAAAAACGGGUAGUAGUUAGAUUUAAAUAAAAUUUUGCGUAUAAUUGAUGGGUUUUAUUUUUUA